UCACCACCUGAUAUUCUGUCUUUUAGCAGUUCUGAUAUCAUGCUGGCCUUUUAAGUUGACGGACGUAUUGCUUGUCGAAACCUCUGAUUUCCUCAAUAACAUCAGGGAAAAGAGCGAAAUCAGCCGCUUUCACAGUUCGCCAGGACACGUGGUUAAACACGUGGUCAGGUCAAGCUCUCUUCAGGAAACAUUAAGGUUUGCUCGGUGUCUUCUCUCGUCUUGUUAUGCAUCAUUGAAGCUGAGCUCAACUAUGGCUGCUGAUGAAGAGGAGCUUUCCAUUAAUGAGCAAGCCAUCAGUGCCAGUGAAGAUGAGGAGGGCAGUGAUGAUGAGAGAAAACACAAGAAGCUACUGGAAGCCAUCAGUUCUAUGGGUUCAAGAAAGAGGAAAAAGCAGAAUGAGCGUUCUGAAGCAAGCGUGCAGGUCUCCGAGUUCUUCGUCAAUGCAGAGGGUACAGGAGAGAAAGUCAACCUCUCUGACCUCCUGGGAACUGUGGAGAAGACCUCAGGAGCCUCCAACAAGACCAAGAAACAGCUGAGGAACCUGCAAAGCAGUAAAGAGACUUUGGAGCUGCCUCUCAACAAGCAGCAAACGGAGAAGAUUCAGAGAGGCAUCGCGUAUGAGAAGACCGCUGCAGAGGUGUCAUGCUGGCGGAACAUCAUAUUGCAGAACCAGAAGGCCGAACAAAUGGUGUUUCCUCUGAACCAGGAGUCCCCGGGACCUAAACGGGUCGAGCAGGUUGUGGCUGGAUGGAAGGUUCAAACUCCUCUUGAACAAGAGAUUUUCAGACUCUUGCACAUCAACAGCCAGCCUGUCGAUGACCCUGUUUUGACUCCUGUAGAGGAGCAAUCACUUAAAGCCAUGAGCUUGGAGGAGGCUAAGAUUCGUCGCGCUGAGCUUCAAAAGGCAAGAGCGCUCCAGUCGUACUAUGAGGCAAAAGCCAAAAGAGAAAAGAAAAUCAAGAGCAAAAAGUACCACAAGGUUCAGAGGAAAGCCAAGUGUAAGGAUUUCCUGAAGCAGUUUGAUGAAAUGGUAAAGACGAAUCCUGAAGGAGCUCUGGAAGAGCUAAAAAAGAUGGAGCUGUCCAGGAUGGAGGAGAGGAUGUCUCUGAAACAUCAGAACAGUGGCAAGUGGGCAAAAUCAAAGGCCAUUAUGGCUAAAUAUGAUGAUUCGGCACGCAAAGCAAUGCAGGAGCAGCUGCAGAUGAAUAAAGAUCUUACCCAGAAGAUCGUGGUGCCCUCUGAUGACGAACAUGAAAGUAACGAGGAAGGCUUGGAGACUAUUCCUGAUUUUGUGAACGACUCUGAGCCAGUCAUUGACUCUGUCAACCCCUGGAUGAGAGGCCAGCUUACACAUGAAGAGCCUGAGGUCAGCUGUGUCACAACUGAGGAUGUGCAAACCGCAGAAGAGGAGAAUGAGGAAGAGGAACUCGUUGGAGAAUUUGAGAGGAAGAGGAAGCUGAGGCAAGCUGAUGAAGAGGACUUGAUUCCUACAGAAGAAGAGCGUAAGAGAGCAGGCUUAAAGAAAAUACAACCUGCAAGCGAGGUGGUUGAAGAAGAUGUGGUUGAGGUUUCUGACAAAGAGGAGGAGGAUGAUGAUGAUGAUGAUGAAGAAGAAGAAGAAGAGGACGUUUCAGAGUUUAACACCCUUUUCAGGCUCAUGAGGAGCGAGAAGACACUUGAGGGUUCAAAUCAGACACGAGAAGGGUUGAACACACCCGGGCAAGAAGAUGAAGAGGGACUUUUGAAUGAAGGACAGAUUCGAGUCAGGAAUAUAGAGGACCUGGAGGUUUUAGGCGAGUUUGUCGACCCCCAACCCAUUGCGGAGCCGUCACUGCCACGAACCGCUGCUGUGGAGGCCACUUCUGAGCCACCUUAUAAAAAGAAAAGGGAAAUCGACCUCAAAGAAGUACUCACCAAAGAAGCCAAAGCCGUCAAAGUUCCCUUUUUGCCAACAGUUGUUGAUGAGGAAGAGCGUGAUGAACAGAUCUCCAUCAUCAAGGAGGCGUUUGCUGGCGAUGAUGUAAUUUCUGAUUUCAUAAAGGACAAAAGCAAACUGGAAGCUGCUGGGAGGCCUGAAGUGGUGGACCUGACUCUGCCAGGCUGGGGAGAAUGGGGAGGAGUUGGUCUCAAACCCUCCCGCUGGAAACGCAAAAGGGAGCGUGAUGAACAGAUCUCCAUCAUCAAGGAGGCGUUUGCUGGCGAUGAUGUAAUUUCUGAUUUCAUAAAGGACAAAAGCAAACUGGAAGCUGCUGGGAGGCCUGAAGUGGUGGACCUGACUCUGCCAGGCUGGGGAGAAUGGGGAGGAGUUGGUCUCAAACCCUCCCGCUGGAAACGCAAAAGAUUUAGGAUAAAAACGGCCCCACCUCCUCCACGGCAAGACCAGAAACUGCCUGAUGUCAUCAUAUCGGAGAACAGAAAUGCAUCAGUCGCUUCUCAUCAGGUUAGUCAGCUGCCGUUCCCUUUUCAAAACACUGCACAGUUUGAGUCUUCCAUCCGUACGCCUAUCGGCCCGACAUGGAACACACAAAGUGUUGUGAAGAAUAUGACGAAACCCAAAGUUAUCACUAAAAUGGGUGCAAUCAUUGAGCCUAUGGUCAAAGAGGACUUCAUAAAGAAUAAGACCACAACACCAGGGGGUAAAGGACCAGCAAUCAUGCUGGGAGAAAACAAACGGGCAAAAGAGGGCACAAAGCGGUCAUCGGAAAAGCAUCGAGGAAGAAGAUCGCAGAAGAGGAGAAAGUAACAGGCAUGAACGAUCGUGUGGCUUCAGUCACUGCAUAAAUAGAUUUUAUUUGUGAAGUGUUUGAAGAAGACAUCUCUCUAAUAAAUUACCAAAUUAACUUUUUGGAAUUCCUUUUAUGUCCUCAUACAUCAAUUUGUAUUUAGCAGAAUACCUAUAAUGAGUAAUAGAUGAGUUUGCUUUCUUAAAUGAAGAGUAGUUACCUUGUUUUUCUGUUCAAGUGCCCUAAAAAAA